CUAGCAUAACCAAGACGUAAAAGCUGUAAUCUAAAUAUCACCACAUGCCUGCCUUUCAUCUUUUUGUCUCAAAAACUAUCAAAUCCCGUGUUUUAGGUUAUCUCUACUUUCGUCACAUUUUUGUUGACAUUUUUGCUGCGUGGGCAUUUUAGCUUCCCCUAAAUGAAGUGCUUAUCAGUGAGGAGCUUUUUUUGUAGCAUGGAACUAAUAGAGCUCUCAGGAAGAGGGAUGACAGGAAAAUUGCUGUGCUGUUGGUAGGCAGAGGACCAAAUGACUGCAGCAAACCAAACAGCUCGAGUGAGAAGAUAUUUUAAUAGUAAAGGCCAUAGGGACUUUACCUUGGAAUAGAUGCAAGAACAUAGAAGAGCAUGCUGGAUAACCACCGACAUCUGAUUGCUAAAUUUAAGUUCUAAACAUCAUUAUGCCACCAGUUAAAACAAAAAACAAAUCAAAGAAAAAGUCAACUUUGCCAGCAAAAGUUAGUAAGCACAAGAAACUUAAGAAGAAUAAGGUGAACACACCCAAAAGCCAGAAGUUGAAAAGAGACAAUAAUGUAAAGAAAAAAAAGAAAUUGGAGUCAGAAGUAACAAAGCAAAAGAAAAAAAAGAUAAUAGUAAAAUUUCCAUCCAAAUCUGUGAAGGCAGCAAAGCCCAAACAAAAGAAAGUUGUGAAAAAGAAGAACCAAAAGAGUCCUAAGUCUCUGACUAAAAAGCAAAAGAUGAAGUCUCCAGACAAGGGCAAGAUAACCGUUAGUAAAAGGAAAAGACAGAACUCUGAAUCAGAAGUUCAGGUUAAAAUGAAAAAGGCCAAAAUAAUCAGUUCUCCAUUUAAUUCUUCACAAAUAACAAAGCCUAAAGAGCCAGUAAAGAUGAAGAUGACUCAAACAGAAACCAAAGAUGUAUCUAUCAAAACAGAUGGAAUGGAGACUACAAAGCAAAGAUAUGUGACAUGUUUCUCUUGUAAUGUGCUGGUUCUUGAAAAAGAUUUUCAUUCACAUUUGUUCUUUGGAAGUAUAAAAUGUAGAUUUUGUCUAAAUCCAGUACAAAAAUGCACUGACUUUGCCAACCAAAUGCUGAAGCCCAACAGCUACUGCCCAAAAAGUCCAAUGAAGAUGCAUGGUAUAUUGCAGUGGGAUUCUUGUCUUCAUUAUGUGUGGCAUAGCGUGAAGAAAGAAAUAACCAUCAGAAAUUUCUGUAAUAGUAUAAAGACAAAGCCAAAUGAAUUUGAGAUUUGUUGUGAAAUCUCAAAAUACACAAAUAGCUUGGAAUCUUUAGAACAAGUAGAACCUUGGAAGUCAGCCUUUCUAGAGCUAAAGGCAUAUUGUGAACAGGUUUUCAGCCAGUUAAAGCCCCAAAAGUGUUGCUUUCUGAAACUUUUCAAAGGAAAUAAGAUAAAAAGUGAUGACAAAAAAUCGAUAUUUAGAACUAAAGACCCUGUUAAAAAUAUCAGUUUAGAGGCAAGUGGAGAUUCAGUAGCUCCUGAGAGGAAAGUUCUUUCACAACAGAACCAGGAGACGGAAUGUGCCACAGUUAGCGAGCUGCACUCAUCGUAUGUAUGUGCUAAUAUCAAUGGAACUUCUGAUAGUAAAAAAACAGAAUCAAAUGAAAUGAAGAAUAUUAAGCAGGAGGAAGAUCUGAUUAAGAGAAGGAAGCACCAUCAAAAAUUUAAAAAACGAGAUCUGAAAAAAAUUGUAAGGUUACCCAGAGAUGGUCGAUAUUUACUGGUAAACUACCCCAAUGAACAGUGUCCAGAAGAAUGUCCAGAAUGUUACUCUGGCUUUUAUCCUUCAAAUGUGACUUUGUUUUGCACCACAGGUAUUACAAAGGUUGUGUGUGAAGUGUUGGCCUGUUAUAUUCAUGUCCCUGAUUUUUAUGAAGAUGCUAGAUACUAA